AUGGAGUGGUUAACGAGCGCUAAGGGUCUGAAUGCCCGUCAGGAGCUGGAGGCGUCCGUUCGUGAGCACCACCCUCACUUGCGUGAUGAGGAGGUCGACCUUAUUGUGGACGGCCGUCUACUACGCAUGGUUCGGGAGCGCGCGGCGGAGCAAGCACCUGUGAGUGGCCAGCAAAGAGGAACUGACGUAGGAGGAGCUGUGCACGAAGCUCCAACUGCCGUGGGCAUUGGCAGAGGAGCUGUUGCACUGACCAUUGACGUGGGACUGAUCGGGACGAGCUACGGUCAAUUCAAGUUUGGAGUUGAACACAUCUCCGUGACGCCGCUACUGGAGGGAAGGCACGACCUUACCGCGGCCCGCACCAUCCGAGCGAAGCUGCUGACCAUUGGACAGGAGGUCCACAUGGCCACGUUUGCCGCCCACGUGCUGAAGGGCCUACCACCGGAGUUCGGAUUACUUCGCCGCAAGCUCGAAAUUUCCAGCCCUGACAUGAUGGUGGAACGCGUGUGCAGCGAGGUGUUGAUGGAGGAGCAGACUCUCUCCAUCAAACAGAGUUACAAGCAGAUCACCAGCGAUGCAUCUGCUUUCUCGGGCUCUGUCAACACCAUCGUGGCUACAACGGGGGUCAAUGGGAAGGAAGGAAAAGGGGGAAGGGACCAGACAGACAAGAAGAAGGAUGGCAAGCGGGAGAAGAAGCGAGCCCCCUUCAAGGGGCGCUGCUACAACUGCAAUGAGGAGGGGCACAUGGCUGCCAAGUGCCCCAACAAGAAGAAAGAUACAACGCCCGCGGCAGCCGCGAACGUAGCUGAAGGAGACGGAAAGGGCGUGGCGCUCACCGUCGCGUGUUCGGCUGCAAAGUUGCUGGCUGACGACAAGGACUUGUGGUUCCUUGACUCAGGAUGCUCCCAACACAUGACCGGCCGCAAGGAGUGGUUCACGGUGAUCCGUGACCCAUCUGCAACGAAAUCAGUCAAAGGGUUUGAUGGUUCUAUGCAGGAAGUUGCCGUUGUUGGUGAGGUUUUGCUAGAGGGCACUAACGGCUUGCGUGUGACCCUACAUGAUGUCCUUUUUGUGCCAGGAAUGAAGGCCAACUUGGUCUCCCUUGGGCAGCUCUUGGACAAGGGAGCAAAGCUGCAAACCGAGGAAGGUGUCACUCGCAUCAUCGCAUCAGGAGGUCAAGUGGCUCCAACGACACGAUACCGCCAUCGCCUUCACUGCCUUGACCUGAAACCGAGGCCAGCAAGGAACGGUGCAACGGCUGCAGCGGCAUGCAACGGCAUGGCGGCUGCAGCGGCAUGCACCGAUAUGGCGGGUGGAGCAGCGAGCAACAGCACAGGGGCUGCAUCGGCAUGCAACGGCACGACGGCUGCAACGGCAAGCAACGGCACUGCGAAGGAGAUUGCUGAUGUGGCGUCAAGCAAGCCGGAAGCUAAAGAUGGAGCGGCCAGCCUCAAGACGUACGCGGUGGGCUCCAAGGCAAUGCCCAACCUGUGGCACGCUCGCCUUGGACACGUCCACUUCGAUGCGGUGAAGAGGACAGCCACGAGCAGUGGCGUGUUUGGUAUGGACAUGGAGAAAAGAGGUGAGGAUAUGCCGUGCACCUCCUGCCAUGAAGCCAAACUCACUCGUGAAUCAUUUCCGCUGCACGACGAGCGAGAGGAGCAGGUACUUGGGCUGGUCCAUACUGACGUGUGUGGUCCAUUUCAGACCCUAGCCAUGGAUGGAAGCAGGUACUAG